ACUGGAUAUUUCACCUGCAAACAAUUCCAUAGCUUCCUCAGAUCCAUUUCCUUUCCAUGGGCAUGCUUCCCAAGCCCAAUGGUUCUUCUAUCCUUAGCCUUCCUGUGGUCACAUUGGCAGUACAACAAUGGGUACCUAUCUUUGAUCCCUAGUAAGAAAGUUAAGAGCCUCUGUUUCGUGAAAAAAUGAUUUUUCCGAGAUGGGUUUUCGUUGUUUCAGUCAUUCUGUGCUUCCUGGCAUCUGGGUCUUCUUCGAUAGAGAACUUCCGACAAGCGUUUCCUAUUGUGGAGCCUGAUUCGGGUCAUACAAAACUUCGUCUUUCAAGAGAAGGCUUGGAGGCAAUAGAAAAAAUAACAACCCCAAUUGCAGCUGUUGCAGUAAUUGGUCCAUACCGCUCUGGCAAAUCUUUUUUACUGAAUCAACUUCUCUCCCUUUCAUGUUAUGAAGGAUUUGGUGUAGGCCACAUGCGUGAUACCAAAACAAAAGGAAUAUGGGUAUGGGGGAUGCCAAUAGAAUUAUUUAUAGAUGGGGUUAAAACAUCUGUGCUUUACCUUGACACAGAAGGAUUUGAAAGCAUUGGGAAGUCAAACGUAUAUGAUGACAGGAUCUUUGCUUUGGCAACUGUUUUGAGUUCUGUGCUUAUAUACAAUCUACCUGAGACGAUUCGUGAAGCCGAUAUAUCUAGGUUGUCAUUUGCUGUUGAACUUGCAGAAGAAUUCUAUGGAAGAGUGAAGGGCCAAGAUAUUGCAUUUGAGCCUGCCAAGUUGUUGUGGUUAAUUCAGCGGGACUUCUUGCAAGGGAAAAGUGUCAAACAGAUGGUAGAUGAAGCUCUUCUGCGGGUCCCUAAUUAUGAUGGUGACAGAAAUAUUGAUCAGGUUAAUCAGAUUCGAGAAUCACUGGCCAUUAUGGGUGAUAACAGCACAGCCUUUAGCUUACCUCAGCCUCAUCUCCAGCGAACUAAGCUUUGUGACAUGAAGGAUGCUGACCUUGAUCCAACUUAUGUUAAGAAGAGGGAGCAGUUGAAAGAACUUGUUGCUUCUAUUAUUCGUCCAAAAAUUGUGCAGGGUAAACCUCUAAAUGGAAAGGAGUUUGUAUCGUUCUUAGAGCAGAUUCUUGAAGCGUUGAACAAAGGAGAGAUCCCUUCCACAGGUUCUCUUGUCGAGGUUUUUAAUAAGGGGAUUCUUGAGCGGUGCUUGAAGCUAUACAGUCAAAGGAUGGGCGAGGUAGGGUUACCACAAUCAGAGCAAUCUCUGCAACAAGCCAACCAUGCAGCAAGAGAAGAAGCCAUGAAAGUCUUUGAAGAGCAGCAUUUCGGUCGCCACCAUGCUAAGAAAUCAGUCGCUAAACUGGAUGAAGAAAUACAAGAGGCAUACAAGAAUUUUAUCCUGGCAAACGAAUAUCAAUCUUCAAAGCUGUGCGAGGCGCUGUAUACCAAGUGUGAGGAUCAAAUGGACCAGCUUCAAGCCCUCAGGCUUCCUUCCAUGGCAAAAUUUAAUGCAGGUUUCCUGCAAUGCAAUCAAAGCUUUGAGACAGAGUGUGUAGGGCCUUCAAAAAUUAGCUAUGAGCAGCGUAUGAUAAAGAUGCUGGGAAAAUCUCGGUCUCUAUUCAUCAAAGAAUACAACCACAGGCUCUUCAAUUGGCUGGUGGCAUUCUCCCUGGUAAUGGUGGUGGUAGGCCGGUUUUUUAUAAAGUUUAUUUUGCUUGAGAUUGGGGCUUGGAUAUUAUUUAUCUUCUUGGAGACAUACACGAGGAUGUUCUGGUCAGCCGAGUCACUUUACUACAACCCUGCAUGGCAUUUUAUUGUGGCAACUUGGGAGACACUAGUCUAUAGCCCUAUUCUUGAUCUGGACAGAUGGGCCAUUCCCAUUGGUUUUAUGCUAAUUAUACUGGUUCUUUACUGGCGGUGUUAUGGGAGGAGGAAACAUGGGGCUCAGUGGCUGUUGCCUCUGUACUAUGACCACAAAAGUGGCUCAAAUCAUCAGAGAUCUGACUAGAGAAAAAUACUUUACAAGAUCAAUUGCGGGCGAGGCUUAAGCCAUGAGUGUAGUAUAUCUGUUCAUCCGUUCACCAUUCAUCUCUCCGUGGGUGAGCCCUUAUCUUUUUUUGAACAUGGAGGCUGCCUGGAUUUUGGUGUUUCUGAUCAAAUCCUUUUAA